UUAUAGGUACCUACUUAUGUCAGAUUUUAUUCGUUCGUGACAUGGGGCGAUACCGUUACCAUGGUAACGGCGUCACAACAAAUCGAUCUGAUAAGGUACCCGUUGAAGCAAAGGAAGCAUACGAUUUAGUCAUAGACUUAAUAUAUACUAUGGGUUUAGUCAACAGUUGUGUUAAAUAUUUAUUGUAUUUCUAUCAAUAGAAAUUUCCAGUGCUAAAAAUGAUCACAUCACGGUACGACGCGACACCUCCGCGGACGGCGAAAGUGAUCGAUGACGAAGACGACCUAUAUUCGGGGUUUAAUGAGGUGGCUCCCGCCCUGGACACGCGAAACCUUCGGGACGACCAGGCCUUUCAACAGGUCCUUCGCACGGCGGGCAUCGGCAGACCGGCUACCAACCGACUCGGGACAGGGAUAUUCCGUGUAGGCACGGUGAGCGUGCGCGGCGCAUCUCGUGCCGGCACGGCGGCGCGGCCGGUGACGGCGGUGCGGGCGGCCGGCUACACCUCCUCCGCUAAGCACUUCGCCGGCAGGGAUAGCAAGAAGGAGGAAACAAUCGAAGACAAGAUAAAACAAAUGGAGCUCAAGAUCAUGACUCUGGUAGAAGAGUCUUGUGUGUUGAGUGCACAGAAGCAACAGGGAGGUGAAAAUGAGAGUAAAAGAGAGAGUGAUUUGAGCCAAGCUCUCGCCAAGGCACAAGAGGCUUCGACGCUGGAACGUCAGCUCAUCAGAAUGCAGGAGCAGGCCAAUAUGGGAGACUCUCAUAACCUGGAUCUCACGUUUGCAGUUCUAUGUAACUUGGCCGAUCAGUAUGCUCUCAACGAAAUGUACGCUGAAGCGCUCAACACUUACCAGCUGUUGACGAGAAACAGAUUGUUCCCACAUGCUAAUAGACUGAAGGUAAACAUGGGUAAUAUUUAUUUCAAAAUGGGAGAACACCCAAAGGCGUUGAAACUGUAUCGAAUGGCGUUAGAUCAAACGCCGACCGCGGAAAAAGACCUUAGGAUGAAAGUGAUGCACAACAUUGGUCUGCUACUGGUGCGCAUGGGCAAGUUUCGAGACGCGGUCACGAAUUUCCAGCAUAUUAUGCAGGAACAAGGGGAUUUUCAAACAGGGUUGCACCUGGUGCUGUGCUCGGUUGCCCUGGACGACGUGGAGGGGGGGAAGGCCGCCUUCCACGCCAUGCUCGACGUAGAACCGCCCACGUACCAUCACGACAUAGCUAUCGAUGAUGAGGAGGACGCAUUCGAGUGCGUGGUCCGCGACGUGGUGCGGGGUGACCGGCUGUCGGCGUGGUCGCGCGCCGCCGCCGCCCGCGCCGACACCUGCCUCGUGCGCGCCGCCGCCGCACUCGCCCGACCCACUGACGCGCCCGGCGGGCCAUCGUGGUGCGUGGAAGCCCUGCGCGGCUACUCCGGCGGUGGUGCGGGCGCCCGCCUGGAGCUCGGAAGCGCGCUCGCGGCGCUGCGCAGCGCUGCCGGUACCACUGGGACCACCGGCUAUACCAGCGCCAGCAACGGUGCCAUGGCGGCCGGCACCAAGGCGCUGCAGCGCUUGAAAGCGGUCGCCCGGGCCCAUCCAGACGACCGGAUACUGAGGGCUGAGGCUAACGCAGAUGCUGCUUUUGUUGCCUUUGCUUUGGGCAGAUGGUCCGAAUCCCAAUCGUUGAGCGAAGCGGCCGCCCGCGACGACCCGUACUCGUGUGUGGCGCGAGUGACCGGCGCGCUCGCCAGUCUCGCCGCCGCGGUACGAGGCCCCAGUGACCGCGGGUCUAUGGAGCGAAGCGACAGCGUGAGCAGCGCCACGGAGCGCCGCAGUGCGGGUCGCAGCGCCGGCCGCAGCGCGACACAGCGCAGUAGUGCGGAUCGUAGCGCGCUAGAUGUCGAUCACAGUGUGAUCGAACGCAAUGCGCUCGAGUCCGCCGCCGAGCAGCUCACCGCCGCGUCCCAUCUCGAUCCCACUGAUCUAGUCGCUAUGUAUGAUACCGCGCUAGUGCUAGAGCAGUGCGGCGCGGCGGAGGGUGCGAGCGCGCGUUUGUCACGCGUGCGUGGCGCGGCGGGCGGCACGCUGCGGGCGCUGUCGGCGGCCGCGCUCGCUCGCCUCGCCGCCGCCAGCCCUGAACCUGACGCGCUCGCCACCGCCGAGCACUGGUACAGCAUGAUCGGGAACUGGGACGCGAGCGUGACGUGCGCGCUGGCGCAGCUGCACGCGGACGCCGGCGACGCGCACGCAGCCAAACAUCACUACCAGGACGUGGAGGCGGUGUGGCCGUGCGACGUACGCGCGCUGCGGUGGCUGGCGGGCGAGGCGCCGCCCGACGAAGCGUUGCAGUACUACCGCCGCGCCGCGCGACUGCAGCCGGACAAUCCGCAAUGGGGUCUGCUGAUGGGCGGGUGUCUGCGAGCGAGCGGCCGCUACCAAGAAGCCCUCGCUCUCUACAAGAACCUCAACUCCCGGUUCCCCGAUAAUGUUCACUGUCUGAAGCUAAUCGUGAAGCUGUGCGGAGACCAGGGCCUGUCGGAGACCAGCGCCUGGAGCCGCGAGCUGCAGCGAGCACAGGCGCGGGCCAAGCAGCACGAGAGAACGGCGGCGUCGGUUGGCAGCGGCUCAUCCGGUGCGAGCCAGUCUCCGGUCGACAGAACCAGGGGUGGUUCCAGUGAACUACGGAUGGCGACAGCUUCGAAACGGCCGGCUAGUAGAACGAGCGGCAGCUCCGCGGCUCACACUUAUUCAGAAAACUACCAAGAAUCUAUGCAGCCAGUAUCGAGACCUCUACAGCGAUCGCAGAGCAGAAAGAAGACUGAGGAUUUCGACGACGACCUACCACUCCCACCCGAAUAGGUACAGUUACGAAUAACGAUUACUUGUCAAAACGUUUGUAAUGAAUAAAACAUCGGUAAAGAAUAGGCAUAUCAUUGAUAUUCGUUUGAAAUAUAAACAUGUUUCGCA